GAGAUUCCAGUAAAAUCUGCUUGAUAAAAUUAUUUUGUUUUCAUUACGUCGUACAUGUAUAUACAUCUAUUGAUCUGACGAAUAAUCGUCCCGACCUUCGUGGAAAUCUCCAUUAUGUUAUCAAUCAUUUCGAAUACUCGCGCGCUGUCGAUAGGAUCUCAUGGAAACGGCCUUUCACCCUUUUAAAACAUAACCAAACAUAACCUCUGAAAUUGCGCGAACCCGCCAUAUUUUUCCUAAACAGACAAUCACGCGAUUUUAACGGUUCUUAUCGUUUCUCAUUAAAGUAGAGCGAUUCUUUUGCAGUUUAUCAGUCUUAUUUCUAAUUAAGUGAAAUGACAUCGGUUUUGGAAUCUAUGGUAGUCGACGAGAAACAGCUCCCUGAGAAGCCGGUAGACAGAGAAAAGACAUGUCCGCUUCUACUGCGAGUAUUCUGCAACACCGGACGUCAUCAUAACAUAAUGGAAUAUAGUAGAGGGAAUGUGCCUUCAAAUGAGCUGCAGAUAUAUACAUGGAUGGAUGCAACCUUGCGAGAAAUUACAGGCUUGGUUAAGGAAGUGAAUCCGGACGCUCGCAGCAAGGGAACAUACUUUGAUUUUUCAUUAGUGACUCCUGAAUUACGUACUUCUGGUUAUCGCAUGCGUGAGAUUGGUGUUACAUGUUCUGGACAGAAAGGUGCAGACGAUAACAAAACUCUAGCCCAGGCAAGAUUCACAAUAGGAGAUUAUCUUGAUAUAUCAAUAACACCGCCGAAUAGAAUGAUGCAACCAGCAGUUAGACGUGGUGGUUUACGUCAAUAUUAAUUUAACAAGUAUUUUAGUUUCAA